GACAAAAUGUUCAACACAAACCUCAGCCUCACCGUGCCAUCGCUCAUGAUCAUGGACGGUGGUACUCCCAGGACUCCGGAGAUCCUGAAUUCGCUCAUGGCCAUGACAAAUCCGCUCGAGUACUCGUAUCCAGUGAACAACUCACAGACCUCACUGAACGACAGCCAUUCCAACAGCUCCGACUCACCGCUCGACUCACCGGCCAGCCAACACCAGCCACAUCUGUCGCAACCCCAGCAACAUCUCCUCCACACCGGCAAGACGCCGAGCGUACAACAGACAUGCUCGCAACUCAUCAAGGAGGGUGUGAAGCUGCUCAUCCAGAGCAAGCGGAAGCACAGUGGCGGUGAUUCGAGUGAUGGAAACGAGUCAUCCAGCACUCCGAAGGCGAAGGUUGCCCGACGGCGUGAAGUCUCCCUCACGGAUCACCAGGACACCAGCGAGGACGACAUUGACUCCAAGGCAAGCCCUCGAUCAACGGUCGCGCUGACACCAGAGGACGAGGAUCGACGCCGGAGACGACGUGAACGGAACAAAAUCGCCGCCACCAAGUGUCGCAUGAAGAAGCGCGAGCGAACGGUCAACCUCAUCAACGAGUCGGAGACACUCGAUGCCCAAAACAAGGAGCUCAAGUCACAGGUCAGCAAGCUGGAGACAGAGUGCCGGAAGCUGCUCGAGGUGCUGCAGGCUCACGGACCAACGUGUGUCCAUCAGAAGGGCUACCAACCACUUCCAUCACUCUCGACCAUCCUCGGAGGCAACAGUGGUGGGAAGUACCUUAACGAUCUGAACUACCUUGAGUCGAACGCAUCUACCGGAGGACAGAGCGCUGGAGAAGUCAAGUACUCUGAGUGCUUGAAGUCUACCGGAGGCUCGUCCACAGGUUCUCCAGCCGCUCUACUUCCUCCCGGAUACUGCAAACUCUCACCAACGGAACCGACCGCCUUUGGGUUGCUAGAAUCGUCCCCGGACCUGGCUGUUGAAUCGAUGCCGAAAGCGGAAUACAUUCCCGUGAUGUCCUCCGCAGCUUCCAGCCCCGUCAGCCAACCAACGAAGAGGACGAAACCAGGACCUAAGCCUCGACAACCUCGACAAUCCCAGCAGAAGGCGUCGGCUACUCCUGUGACGUCCAGUCUACCGUCCAUGGUCAGCAAUGGCAAUGGUGGAAACGGAGGUUUUAGCACCAGCAAAGGGAAUCCUUUGAUCGUUGCAACUCUCAUGACGUCCACACCCUCGUCUUCACCGUCGUCCGUACCAUCACCGUUGACGGUUAGCAACUCCGUCCCGAGUAUGAGCGGAAUGAACUCGAUGGUGGCCCUAGGAACAACCGACGAGGAUGAUUUCAUGUUGAAGAGCGAGCUGAUCGACACGCACAGUCCUUACACGACGGUGCAGAGUGCAGAUCGGUUCCUUUUCGAUGCCUCCCUCGACCUGUACAACAACAACAGCCCUCUGAACGCCGCUCUCAACUGUGGCACGUCCCACCACCAGCAGCAGCAGCAGCAACAACAACAGCACCACCAACACAACCAUCACCUGCAGCAGCAGCAACAGCAACAACAGCACAACACCAACCUAAACAACAACAACAACAACCCGAGCUUAGUAAACGAGAACGAUAAGCUCAACCACCUGAACGCCAUCAAGGAGAACACCUCCAACACGCUGCUCGAGUUCAGUGCCAGCUUCGAGACACUGAAGCCGGCUACGGUGGACUACUCGCAGCAACAGCAGCAACACUCCAGUGGAAUGCAUCAUCAGCAGCAACAACUGGACAGCAUGCUAGUCGGAGAUCCCAACAUGGGUCAUCUUCUGCAUCAUCAAUCACCACAGCAAAACCACGCCCAACAUCACCAUCAACACCAGCAACAGCAGCAGCAACAUCACCAACAACAGCAUCACCUUCAGCAGCAGCAGCAUCAACACCAGCUGCAGCAUCACCUCCAGCAGCAACACCAGCUGCAACAGCAACACCUGGACAUGUUGGUACCGGUGUCAAACGACUUCCUGCUACUUGCCGACGAUGAUCCGACGGGAUUCACCGAUCUGGAUAGUGGCAUAACCGCGUACAGCAGCAUUAACGGAUGUCUAGCGUGA